AUGGCUGGAGAGCGUAUGGGCUGCUACGAGACACAACGCCUGGUACAAUCAGUGCAACAUAAGCAUCCAAAGACCUACAACGAUAUUACGAACAGCUUUGAUGGUCACGGUGCAGCCGUUGGUGCCAUCUCAUCGAAAGGCAGGAACAAUUACGGUGCUACAUCCAUCGACAAAUUCACGGAUCCUCAGAGUAUUACGCCACCCUGGUCGCCGUCGGUAGCCCCUACUGUGAUGUCACCAAUGCUUAACAGGCUUUCGAAUUGGCAAACGUUCUACCACCUGCUGUCAUUCAUUACAGGGACAGGCAUGCUGUGUCUACCGUUAGCCCUCGUCGAGAUUAAUUGGUAUGGUGUAUUGUUGCUCAUCGCAGCCGCGGCGGUAAGCGCGUACACUUCUAAGCUAUUGGUAGAUGCGCUGGAGGCUGUGCGUUGGCUGAGAGGCACAAAUGUAUCGUACAGCGAUCUUGGUCACGAAUGUUUCGGUGCGGCUGGAAAAUUGGUCACGAGUGUGCUGGUGCACUCCUCAUUUUUGAUUUUGUCCACGGGAUACUUGGCGCUGACGUCGUCUUGCCUUGUUGAUGUCCUGGGACUUCAGUAUGGUACUGUCAUGAUUUUAGUGGCAGUGUGCGUGUGGUUUCAAGUACUUGUACCGUCGCUCAAAGCAUUAGCAGUUCUAUCAGCGGUAAAUGUGGCCUUCAGCUUUUGGAUCGAAUCGGUCAUUCUGGGCGAUGCUAUGUACCCCCUCAAGCAGAUUGCAUUGGAGCAUUCAGACUUUGUUUUUGUGACGCCAGAUCUUUCAAAUGUUACAAUGAUGGAUUCAAGCCAAUGUAGCUCAGUGGUGGCGAGGACGAAGCUGGGAACCACAGCUCUCUUAUAUCUACCUAUUUGCUGCAUCACGUACGCUGUUUAUGGUGCGACACUUCAGGCGCCAGUUUUUUUCAAUAUGCGCAAUAUCGUCGUGCGCAACCUAGCCAUCGUGUUGUAUAGCAUUCACUUACUACUGUCUUACACCAUAACCUUGUUUCCAGUCCAGCGUGCUUUCGAGCGCUGGAUUGUGCAGACAUCUACUGGAAGGGGUUGUAACAGCCCGGUAGAAGUAGCAGCAGCAGCUGGGGCGCUGCCAUUCGUAAACUCUGACCCCGCGCCUCAGAGCGACCAUCAAGAAUAUCAGGAAGGCGUUGAAACUACUGCACGCGUCUUCAGUCGGAGCAUUGUGGUGCUUGUCACACUCUUAUUGGGCUACUACACUGCACCCAGCACAAUCGAUGUCUUUGCGUGGAUGCUGGUACCGACUGCACUUCUGGCGCUCGUGUUACCAUGUGUCUUUUACUGGAAGCUAUGCAGCGAGAGCGCCACACGCACAAAUCGCGUCGCAUCCGUCGUUAUAAGUGUGGUCGCCAUUAUCACUGCGUGUUGGAGUCUUGCUGUGAUUGUCGAGUGCUAG